AUGGUUGAUAUAGCAAAACCGGCCAACUCAUCUCCGACCUCGAUCUCCUCUUCCAAACCGCAAUCAACCGGCGGGCGGCAGCGCAUAAUAGCCUCCUGCCUCACAUGCCGACGUAGGAAAGUGAGGUGUGAUCACGGCCAUCCAGUCUGCGGAGCAUGUACGCGCGGUAACCACGUUUGUACCUAUGCAACGGAUCAGACCCUCAGUCAAACUUCGAUAUCAGCAGGCAGUAGAAUAUCCAAACCCAUGCUAUCCGGAGUCAAAGGAUCGAGGAAUACCGAUGUCCAAGCGCGAUUAGAUCGACUCGAAUUGCUCUUGGAGAAGGCAGUUACUGGCCAAGGGGCUCCACCUCGUUCCUCCGACCAAUCUAAGAAUGAUCCUGGGAGGCGCGAGUCUGACUCACAAUUAACUCCAUCUUCGAACAGCCAGAGCUCUCAGGGCGCUGGAAUUUCGUCUGAUAAUCAUGACGGCACCUUGCUACUUGAGGAUGGACAGUCGCAGUUUGUCUCUUCGUUGCAUUGGGCGUUGCUAGCUGAUGAGAUUCAAGACAUCAAGGCACUAAUAGGAGAUCGGUCAGAACAAGACAUGGUGGGCCGCGAGCAUCCAAAUGCAGACAGCCUCGUUUCUUUGCUCUCCCUCGGUAAAGCGAAGGUCGGGGUUACUCUAAAAUCACUUCUUCCUGAAACCCAGGAACACCGUGAUGCUCUUUUAGACCUGUUUUUCUACAACGUGGAUCCCAUGAUAAGAAUUACUCAUAAGCCUACCUUGACGAGAAAAUUUCCUCUAUACAUCCGCGAAACAAGCCCAAUCGCCUUUGCGGUGUUCUACGCAUCAAUCAAUUCCCUCUCUCCUUCAGUAGUCGAAGAAAGGUUUGGAGACACGAAAGAUACCCUUUUAUAUCGCUUUGAACAAGGUGUCGAGAUCAGCCUUGCCCGCGAAAAUUUUCUAACUACUUCAAGCCUGGAGGUUUUGGAGGGGUUCAUCAUUUGGCUGACUUGUAUAACAAAGGAGGAUGAUAUGGGAAAAGCAUGGGCUUUACUUGGUCUCGCCAUUCGAAUUGCGUUGAAUCAAGGGCUUCAUCGGGACCCAUCUCUAUUUCCUUCCGGAUCGAUGGACGCUAUAACUAUCGAGAUUCGUCGGCGCCUUUGGCAUCAGAUAUGCCACCUCGAGUAUAGAGCGGCGGAAUGCAAAGGACAAGAGCCAAACAUAUCAGACGAUGACUUCACAACACUCAUGCCACGAAACAUCGACGACGAUGAGCUUAUAGAUGGCGCCAGUCCAGGUCCCUCCCCAUAUGAUGAAGAGAGAUUUACAGAUAUGACUUUCCAGCUCGUCCGCUUUGUUGGUAUGCGAACUUUGAGACGAAUAGUUCAAAGCACAUAUAGGCUGGAGCGACGAAUGCUUGAAUGUGGGCUGCAUGGCACAUCAGGCCCAGAUACCGUGCAGGAGCUAACAAGCAUUUACGAGCAGAUCAAGAUAAUGGUUGAUGAAAUGCACGAUGCGAACCGGCGGAAAUAUCUGAGGUUUUGCAAUCCAGAGGUUCCGACUCAAAGGCUUUGCCUUGGCUUGGCUUCGUUACUAGAAUGGAGAUGUUAUCUACUGUUCUGGCUUCGAAUGCCUCGGGUGUAUCGGGAUGUCGUCUUCUCAGAAGACAUUCGAAAAUCGAUAUUCGAAAAGUCUGUCAAUUGCGUUGAAACUCUAAAUGGAGCAAGUGUCGAUGUUGAUGCGGCACGUUUCCAGUGGCAUAUAGGAGGGCAUGCUUCAUUCCAGGCGAUCAUGCACAUUCUUUCAGAGUUACGAAACCCACUCUUCGACGCCCCAGAUCGACAGCGUGCACUCCGAGCACUACAAAUGUCAAGAAUUCUGAAAGAGAACAACACCACAAAAGCUUGGUCGGUUGUAAAGAGUAUGAUCGAGAAAGUCCUUGGAGAGCAUGAGCAGAGUGCCUCACAAAAACCUUAUGUCAGCCCCGCGAAUGUGGUGGUGGAACACCUGCCGGAUUUUGGUCCCCAGAAGUCCAUGGCCGAUUAUAAUUUGCCCGUUUACGUGGACCGGAUACCGUCAUAUGCGAUUCAACACCCGCCACCACCUGCGCCGCCUGCACCUGCGCCGCCUGUACCACCCGAACCAUACAUUGAACCCUCAGAGCAGCAUGAGUUCAAUUGGGAUGAUCUUAACAAUAUUAAUUUAAACAAUAUUAUGGGUGAUUUGCAACCAACUCCAGGAGUGCAGAACCAGGAGUUUGAUUGGGGAUUUUGGGGUGAUCCUGUCGCAUUUGGUGACCCAGUAACAUAUCCCACGAACUUUUGA